AUGGCUUUCCGCCGACUGCUACCACGAUUGCCCGCGGCGCGCGCGGCGCUGAACUCGGCGGCGAGGUCGCUGCAUGCCUCGGCUCCAAGGAAUGCUGCCAAAGUGAGCCCCGCAGAGCUCACCAAGAUCCUUAGUGAGCGCAUCGCCAACUUCAAGGAUCAGGCUGAUGUGCAAGAAGUUGGUCGCGUUCUCUCUGUGGGCGAUGGGAUUGCGCGCAUUUACGGCCUCAAGGGUGUGAAGGCAGGCGAAAUGGUUGAGUUCUCGAGCGGCCUGAAGGGCAUGGCGCUGAACUUGGAAACCGACAACGUCGGAGUGGUGGUUUUCGGCGAUGACCGAGCCAUUGUCGAAGGUGACAGCGUCAAGUGCACCGGAACCAUUGUGGAUGUCCCCAUCGGCGAGGAACUGCUGGGCCGCGUUGUGGAUGCCCUUGGCACGCCUAUCGAUGGCGCCGGGCCGAUCCAGACAAAGAGCCGCCGCCGAGUAGAGCUCAAGGCUCCUGGCAUCAUUCCCCGGCAAAGCGUGCACGAGCCCAUGACCACUGGCCUGAAGGCUGUCGACAGCCUGAUCCCAAUCGGCCGUGGCCAGCGAGAGCUGAUCAUCGGCGAUCGCCAGACUGGCAAGACCGCUAUCGCUAUCGACACAAUCCUCAAUCAGAAGGCCAUCAACGCCUCGGCUGACAAGACGGCCCACCUGUACUGCAUCUACGUGGCAGUAGGACAAAAGCGAUCCACCGUGGCUCAGCUCUUCGAGAUCCUGAGAAAGAACGAUUGCUUGAAGUACACCACGGUCGUGGCUGCAACUGCUUCUGAUGCCGCACCUUUGCAGUUCCUCGCGCCCUACACGGGCUGCGCCAUGGCAGAGUACUUCCGCGACAAUGGCAAACAUGCGGUCAUCUUCUACGACGAUCUCUCCAAGCAGGCCGUCGCAUAUCGUCAAAUGUCCUUGCUGUUGCGACGCCCGCCGGGUCGUGAGGCGUACCCAGGCGAUGUCUUCUACCUUCACAGCCGAUUGCUGGAGCGUGCCGCCAAGAUGAACGAGACUACACACGGUGGCGGCUCUCUGACGGCCCUGCCCGUCAUUGAGACGCAAGCCGGCGACGUGAGCGCCUACAUCCCGACGAAUGUCAUCUCCAUUACCGACGGUCAGAUCUUCCUCGAAACGGAGCUUUUCUACAAGGGUAUCCGCCCGGCGGUCAAUGUCGGCCUGUCCGUGAGUCGCGUCGGCAGCGCCGCCCAGAUCAAAGCAAUGAAACAGGUGGCUGGUACCUUGAAGCUCGAGCUCGCGCAGUACCGCGAGGUCGCCGCCUUCGCGCAGUUCGGCUCGGACUUGGAUGCGGCUACUCAGCACCAGCUGCUGCGAGGUGGUAUUCUCACGGAGCUGCUGAAGCAGAAGCAGUUCGUGCCUAUGACCACUGCAGAGAUUAUCGUGUCCCUGUGGGCGGGUACCCGCGGCUACCUGGACAAGGUCGCCACGAAGGAGAUCCUCCGCUUUGAAAAUUUGUGGCUGAAGCACUUCAAGGACACGAAGGGCGAUGUCCUCAAGGAGAUUAUGGAGAAGAAGCAGAUCACCCCAGAGAUUGAAGGCAGCAUCAAGUCUGCGAUGGACGAGUUCCUUGGCAUGAACGAGUUCGAGGGACGCGCCGCAUAA